UCGAAGCUACUCCUCCGGGCGUUUCCGGAAGAGGCCGGAGGAAGGGAAGCGCGGGGGUGGAACAAAGAAAGAUGACAUCCAGAGAUCAAAAGAAGUCUGUCUUGCAUGAGAAGCUGCAGCUGCUUCGAUCUGUCACCAACUCCAGCGCACUAAGCAAAGCUUCUAUUAUAGUGGACGCGUCAAAAUACAUCCAAGAGCUGAAGCAAAAGGUGGAAGCAUGCAAACGAGAUCUCGCGGAGGAAAGCUCCCUCCCCAUGGUUACUGUCGAAACCCUAGAAAAGGGUUUCUGGAUCAAUGUAUUCUCCGACAAGAACUGCCCGGGCAUGCUUAUCUCCGUUCUUCAGGCAUUCCAGGAACUUGGUCUUGAUGUGCUGGAUGCGACCGUCUCCUCCGCCGACUCAUUUCGUCUUGAAGCUGUUGGAGGAGAACCGCAGAAUGAGAGCGUGGAUGCACAGAUGGUGAGGCAAGUGGUGGUGCAAGCUAUUAAGAAGUGUAUGGGAAGUUAAGCAACGAGCAAAACCAGAAGGAGAAUGGAGGAGCAAAAGGGUCUCUAAAAGAUGGGAGAAAA